GAGAGAGAGAGAGAGAGAGAGAGAGAGAGAGAGAGAGAGAGAGAGAGAGAGAGAGAGAGAGAGAGAGAGAGAAGGAUCGAGGAUGGUGCUAGGCCUUGGUUCAAGAUCGAAAAAGUACUCUUCGACGUUACGGCUUGAAUACGAGAUCCAUCUUGGCGAGGUUCGACCAUGGCCAUGGCCGAAAGCCGAGGAGGCUCCCUUCUCCCUGAUAAUGACAUGGCAGCGUGGGCCUAGGCGAUCCGGCACGAGUCGAGAAGUUUUUCUCGUCCGAGAUGACGAGUAUCGCCUUCGAGCCACGUCGGCGUCAUCGGGAUCCGAUGCCUCCGCGAGACGUGUUCGCCGGGCGGAAGCAGCAGCAGCAGCGGGAGCAGGUGGCGCAGGUGGAUCUCGAGACGGCGGCGGGGUCGACGCUGCAAUCGACGGUUCGAAACGCAUGCGCGCUGUGAUCGCAUUCGAUGACAUUUUCCGUCUUCCUGUCACCCUUUAUCGCUCGACUGCAGCUGGCUCUACGACGCGUGAGGAAUCCGGUGGAACGAAGGGCGCUGAGCCGUAUCUGAAGAAAUGUCUGGUUUUGUCCUUGUACGAGUGUCAGCAACACGAGAAGGCUCCCAAGGGUCAGCCUUUAGCUCGCGCCGUUGUCAAUCUUGCGGAAUUUGCGCCACCAGGGGUGGCGACUGGCGGGGCGGCCAGCAGCGGCGGCGGUGGCCCUCUCGUCGUUGUCGACGUUGAGACUUGCCGCGACAUUCCGCUGGCGACCACCAAGGGCGUGAUCGCCGCGGUCGGGACCCCGGUGCUCGCUCUCAAGGUGAGGUGUUUGGACAAGAGGACGGCGAAAGAGCGGCUGCGUUCGGCGUCUCUCGAUCGGGACCCUUCCUCCAAGUCGUUGCUCGGCUUCCUGCGCCGGAGCGCCUCGCGCAGGGACGGCGGACCUUGGGGCGGCGCCGGCGACCAGACGGAAGACGACGCUAUGAUCAGCGAUGAAGACGACGACUUGGCGUCGUUAUCGAUGACAGAUGAAGAUCUUUUGUCCCCUAUGUCCUCCGCAGGAGGCGGCGCUGGAGGAAGCGGGGGCUCAGGUAAGAUGACACCCGAUUCCGCAGGUCCGCGGAGCCGGCGCAGCGAAUCCAUCGCUUCUCUCAACGACUUGAUGAAGGCGUCCGACGGGGGCGGAGACGGAGAAGAAGACGCGACCGAACGCGGAGGAUCAAUCAGAGGUGGGGUGGGACGUCACCAGCGGAGCAAGACCUUUGACACGGUGACACCUUCCUAUUCAUCGCCGAAAGCUGAGACGCCCAAGAGUAGAAGCCCUUUGAGUGACGGUGGGAGGAGGGGGGGGGGAGGAGGAGGAGGAGGAGGUGGGCUGAGGGGGGAAGGGCAGAGUUUGAAGGAUUGCAUUGGGGAAGAAGAGGGAGAGGGAGGUGGCGCUGCACCCCGGCCCCCUGCAAGCGCUUCUGGCAACCGCCACUUCUUCGGCUUCCGCAGUCCCAUCCACGCCUUGGCGCUGACGAGGAGAGGGGCAAAGACUGGAGGGGACGGCGGCGGGGCGAAAUCGCCUGCGCCUCGGUCUCCUCUUCGUGGAUCCGUCGAGCAAGUGGACUUGACAGCCCACCACCAGAGGAAGGACGGGGCCACCGCCAGCUCGCCCACUGUCAGGACUUCACCGUUUGCCAGCGGUUGGGCGGCGGCGAUACUUGAUGCCGAUCAACCGGAGUACCGAGGAGGCAGUGGGGUAACGGAAACGGCGGCGGGAAGAGAGGGCGGGGAGGAGGAGGAAAAGGCGGGAGAUUCCGCUUCCAGGAGGGGAGAAGACGGGAGUGGGAGGGAGGAGGAGGAGGAGGAGGAGGAAGAAGAGGAGGAGGAGGCGGCGAGGGGAAGGAAGGAGAGAGGAGAAGAGAAGGGUACCACCGAGUCGCCAGAGGGACCAAUGAGUAGUCCAACUUCCCCGAAAUCUCCGAAAUCCCCAAAAUUCCCGACAUUGCUGACAUCCCCAAGAUCCCCGAGAUCCCCGAAAUUGCCGAUGUCCCUCCCGAAAUCCCCAUCAUCGCCGAUGUCCCCCCCGAAAUCCCCAUCAUCGCCGAUGUCCCUCCCGAAAUCCCCAUCAUCGCCGAUGUCCCUCCCGAAAUCCCCAUCAUCGCCGAUGUCCCCCCCGAAAUUCCCAUCAUCGCCGAUGUCCCCGAAAUCCCCAUCAUCGCUGAUGUCCCCCCCGAAAUUCCCAUCAUCGCCGAUGUCCCCGAAAUCCCCAUCAUUGCGGAUGUCCCCGAAAUCCGCGGAGCUCGUGAAAUUACCAACAUCGCCGCCGCUAUCCCCCAGAUCUCCCCUGUCCCCCAAAUCGAACAUUUAUGGAAAUGGGGGGGCGGUUGUCCCGGGAGACGGGACGGCGAAGAGACAGGAGGGCCUCUCUAUGGACGAAGACGAGGGAGAGGAAGAGGGGUUCCCAUAUGGCAAGGGUGGGGUAUGCAGUAAACCGGACGUUAGACACUCGCCAUCGGGAUCAGCAGUCUCUGAUGGGGUCUCAACACAAGAGCACGUGGAAACAGGUGAAGAGAAAGCGGGCCAGAGAGUAAUUAUAGCAGAAGAUGGAAAUGAGAAGGAGAUGGAGACGAUGGGGAGCGAACCCGUGCCGACGGCAGGAGCAGCAGCAGCAGCAGCAGCAGCAACGAAGUACGCACUGGGCAGUGCAAAGAAUGCGACGGCUGGCGUCGGACCAGUGAGGACCGUCCGAUCACCGGAUCGUGGUCAGGUUAAUUACAAGGGAGGAAGACUGGAACGAGUGCCACGCUCUCCAAGAGAGGACGAAGAGGAGGAGGAAGAUGAUGGUGAUGAUGAGGAGGUGUGGGACCCGGAGGUAACGAGUAAUGGAAGUGGUGGGGCCAUGAGGAGGAGGUUGGCCUCGGAGCAGAGAGAGAGAGGGAGAGGAGGACGGGUCUGGGAUCAUAGUAGAGAGCAGCGGGAGCUCGAAGAUGGCGAGAGAGCUAGGCAAGCGAUAGCAGAGGCAGCGGAGGAAUGCGCCAAGCUGCGGAAAGCGCUUGGGGAGAGCGCGGGGCGGACGCUAGAAGCGCAGACGAAGGCCGCAGCGGCGGAGAAGAGACUGGCAGAAAUCCAUGCCGUGUACGAUGUGAUGGAAACGGAACUCCGGGAUCUGGCGGCUGUGGAGGUGGCUGUGUACUCGGUGACGGUGGCACAUGGUGGCACGUGUCAGAAGAUCCAUACGCCAGCAAGGCGCCUGGCACGGCUGUACAUGCGUAGCUGCCAUAAACGAGGGAUGGCUAAGAGCAGCAGCGCGGCAAAGGCGGCGGUAUCUGGUCUAGUCACGGCAGCUCGAGCAAGCGGUGAGGAUAUCGCACGGCUCGUCUUCUGGUGGUCUAACUGUGUGAUGCUGCGGGAGAUGCUCCUGGACGCGUUCUCGGGCGAGGGGAGUGGCCAGACGCAUGCUGCUGAUGCUAAUGGGUCGUCAUCGGAUGAUGGGGCGGCGGGGGGGGGAGGCGGUAUGGUCAAGGGAGUUGUAGGAGCUGGUCUGAUGAAGAGAACGGAGGAGGAGGAGAGGGUAGGGGGAGGAGGGGGGGGGUUUGGGGGGAGCGGGUGGGGAGCUGCUGCUGAUGAAGCGGGCCCCGAAAACUGGGAGAAAGUGGCAACGUUCGUGUCGGCUUUGGAACGUGUCGAGGACUGGAUCCAUGAGAAGGUAUUGCAGCUCGUUUGGUGGAAAGUGAUGCUUCCGCCCAUGCAGGAAGGGGAGCAUAGUAAAGGGGAUAGAGCGGAAGGAGAGCGCGAAGCAAGUAUAGGAGUAGAAGGAGGGGGAGGAGGAGGAGGAGGAGGGGGAGGGGGAUGGGGAGCAGGAUGGAGGGUGGGAGGUGGUGCAGGAGGAAACUUUAGCAGACUGUCAAGGAGUUUGACUACGAGCCUGAGGCCUCUGGCGCAGACGAAGGCUGCGGCGGCUGUGCCUGUGGAGAACGGGAACGCUGGGGAAAAAAGACCGAAGGGAGGAUCGGAAUGCGUGGAGAUUUGGAAAACCGCCUUGUCGGAGGUGAAGAAGAGGCUGUGCCCAAGUCGAAGCGAGGGCCACGAGUGUGGCUGCCUGACCCCUCUCUGUCGAUCAGUGCUAGUGGACUGCUGUCGAAGACUCGAUGUUGCACUUUUCAACGCGCUCAUUCGAGAGAGCCCGUUUUCUCAGUCGACGGAUCCGAUUGCUGACCCUCUGACUGAGCCCAGUGUACUUCCCCUGCCUAUGGGUGUGUUAAGCUUUGGCGGCGGGGUGCAGCUAAAGAUCGCUAUCGCGGGAUUGAUGGAGUGGUUGCCGCAGUUUUUGGGACCACCACUGCCUUCGACUUCUUCGUCGGGUAAUUAUAAACUGUCGGACCUGAGCAGAACAGUCGGGAUCGGGUGGGAUGGCGACGGGGGCGGGGGCGGCGGGGGGGCCGGCAAGGCUAAUGCUAAGAUCUUGUCGCUACUUAGAGCGACGGCAGAUCUGCUGAUGUUGCCCAAGGAAACGUUGAUGGACCAUUCCGUGCGACGGGAGGUGUGCGCCUCUCUGAACCUUCACUUGAUUCAUCGGGUUCUUCAGUUGUUUUCUCCGGACGACAGCGCGCCGGAGGAGGUGUCUCCCGCCUUGCUCGCGGCCAUCAACGGCGAAGCGAUGAUGGAGCGCCGUCGGAAAGGCGAACCCGAUCCCGACCCAUCCGUCUUGCCUAUGGCACCCGCCGCGACGUGCUCCUACGUGCCGCCGCCUUCCUUGUUUGUGAGGGAACUGAUCGGUCGCGCGCGCGACGGGGCUGGGGUGAAAGGCUACACCAGCGACGACGAGAUCAACCAGGCAGAAGACCCCCUUGGCUUCUGGGUUAACGGCAUGACAGUCCGGACUCCAUGUCGACUCGCCUUCUCCUCCUCCUCCUCCUCCUCCUCCUCCUCCUCCUCCUUCUCGCCUCCCAGGAAUGUCACUGCGUCCCUCUCAGCGGCAGCUUCCAUUUCCAGUCCUCCGCUUAGUCCUCCGUCUUCCCCGGGCAAGAUCGCCGGCCGCUCCGCCGCCGCCGCUACCUCUACCCCCGCCGCCCCCGCAUCCUCCUCCUCCUCUUCCCAUCCAGUGCCUAUUAGGUACUCACUCCUCAGACAGGCGUGGGUGAACGAUGACGGCACAAACUAGGUAGGUAGUUGUUGCUUUGUUGCUGUUUCCUUCUCCCCUUUUUUGUUUCCUUCUUCUCGCUUCGUUCUCAUUCCGACGAGAUUACACCAUCGUCAUCGUUCUGCAAGCCGUUUAGUCGAUCUGAACACCUGAACACCUUUCAGUCUAUAUCUGAAAGCCCCUUUUAGCACAACGGCCCUGCAAAGGGUGGGGUGGGCAUUCCUUCUCAUCGGUCGGGUUUGAUCGGGUUUUUUGCUAAGGGUGGGGUGGUUAUUCCUGCUCAUCGGAGUUCAUCGGGGUUGAUCGGGGUUGUUGCAAAGGGUGGGGUGGGCAUUCCUGCACAUCGGGGUUAUUGUGGUGGGGCUGGUUUUGGGGGGGCGAAAGUGGGAAUUUGUUGUGGGAUCGUGGGUCUCUGUCUCUUGCGGGAAUCGAACGGGUGACGACGUGGGGAACUACUGACCGAUGAGAUGAGAUGAGAUGAGAGGGGAUAUAAUAAAUGCCAUUAUUAAGC